AUGAAUGACCCCGUCAAGGUGGCAGACCUGGCAGCUGGCUUGUCCACUGCAGACCGAAGUGAACUGCAGGGCGUCUUGGAGGAGCAAGACUUGAAAAGAAAGAUCGAGAAGGUCACGGUGCUACUGCAGCGAGACCUGAGCAUGGUGAAAAUGCAAUCCGAGGUGAAGAGCAAAGUGGAGGAGAAAGUGCUGAAGGAACAGAAGCAGAAGAUUUUGAUGGACCAGAUGCGGCAAAUCCAGAAAGAGCUUGGCAUCGAAAAGGAUGAGAAACAGGCCCUGACCACGCAAUUCAAAGAGGCCAUCCAAGACAAGGAGGUCCCGGAAGAGGUCCAAAAGAUCAUCGACUCGGAGAUCGCCAAGUUGAACUCUUUGGAACCGUCGUCUCCGGAGUUCAACGUGUGCCGCACGUACCUGGAGUGGCUCACAUGUUUGCCCUGGGGUGAAUUCACCGCUGAGAACCGUGACAUCAAGCACGCCGAAACGGUCCUGGAUGAGGAUCACUAUGGCCUGGAGGAUGUGAAGGAGCGAAUCCUCGAACACAUUGCGGUGAGCUUCCUCAAGGACUCCACUCAGGGCAAGAUCAUGUGCCUGGUUGGGCCUCCGGGAGUCGGCAAGACGUCCGUGGGCAAAAGCGUGGCGCGGGCGCUGGGCCGAAAGCAGGGCGACUCAGGGCGACUGGAGCAGCGACUGGAGCAGUGA